AUGUUCUUAUCUGUUCUCUACGACUGUAGUCACAAUGGGCUUGUUGAGCGCGGUAUGAACGUUUUUGAGUCAAUGAAAAAUGAGUAUAAGGUUGAACCAAAGCUUGAACACUGCGCAUGCAUUGUUGAUCUCCUUUGCUGGGCUGGAAGGGUUGAAGAUGCAUUUGACAACUACAAGAGGAUGUUCUCCAACUUGAUGCCUGUCGAAAAAAUGCUUUGUUUCAAUGGCCAGAUGGGAUGGGGUGGAAGAAACUUGGCUCAAAAUGAGAUCUUUUGGCCUGAGGAGAACUCCAGUUGUUAUGUAAAGAAUGGAACACAAGAAGAGAGGCAUCAAAUUCCAGAACAAGGAUAA